UGAGCAAAGUAUAGUGUUAUAUUGCAUGUUGUGUGUGCCACCGUUGUUCUAAUUGACUCCAAAAUGACAUCAAGCAGGACCAUACUGGACAUAUCAAGACAGUCCUACUGUGUCUAUGGUAAUGAGCAGUAUAAGGAUGGGCUGAUGGUGCUACCAUCUGUACGCAAAGAAGCAUAUUAUGAUUUAUCAACACUAGAGGUUGAAAGCAAUGAUAUAUUCUUUGUAACAUACCCAAGAUCUGGAACCCACUUUUCACUUGAGCUGGUGGAUUUGAUCCGGAACAAUGGUGACUGUGAUGCACUAAGGAAUACCCACAUCCACCAGAGAGUCGUGCCAACAAUGAAUAGCCCUGAAUUCAUGACUGGUAAGGGGUUAAAGGGACCAUUAGAUGCAGGAUCAAACCCUUUAAUUACUGCAGCAGCCAAACCAUCACCACGUAUAUUGCACACGCAUGCCUCAUAUGAAUUCUGGCCAGAGCAAGUAAAGCAAGGGAAAUGUAAGAUUGUUGUAAUGGUGAGGAACCCAAAGUCUGUAUAUACAAGUUUUUAUCAUCUCGUUGGAGGCAUGGCCAGUGUACCUGGUGGGAUGUUUGAGAGGCAACCAACAUGGGAUGAGUUCUAUGCUGCAUUCAUUGAAAAUAAAAGUAGUUUAGUGCCAUUUGGGACAUGGUUUGAUUUCUACAGCAACAUAUGGAAACACAGGAUGGAUAUUCCAGUACAUUUUCUCAACUAUGAGACCAUGGUCAAGGAUAUGCCUAAGGCAAUAAAAGAACUGGCGAGCUUUUUCAACAAAUCAUUCUCAGAAGAGACAAUCAAGAGAAUGUGUCAGCACCUCUCAUUUGAAGAGUUCAAGAAAAACCCUUCUACGGGAAAGGCAUUUGAAGCACUGAAAACAUCACUAGGAGAAAAUGCAAUACAUAUGAGAAAAGGUAAAAUAGAUGACUGGAAGAAUAUGUUUACAGUAGCACAAAGUGAGGCAUUUGACAAGCUUUAUGAUAAAGUGAUGGCUGGUACAGAAUUUCAGCAACCCCGAUACGAGUAGACAAGAACUAGAGGUUGUUACAAGUUAGUGGACACUAUCUUUCACAAUGUGCCCACAAUGUUUUACAUGCAGAAUGUAUGAUGACUUUUCAUUAUGUACAAGUGCACAUGAAAAACUAGAAAACAGCAACUCCAC